AUGUCUCUCAUGCCUUUUCGGGUUAGACUGGGAAUGUCUUUGCAUCUUCGCCUUCACCAGCAGCAUCCAUCCUUACACCAUCGGUCCAGCAUCCACAUUACCACGGACAACUCCGAACACCCGCUCUAUUGGAUGUCAAACCAAUUUACCUGGACUUUGCCAGCUGGCCCACUCCUAGUUUCGGGGUCCGCUCCGUCACACCAAGGCAUCAAUUUUUCUGUAGGUAGUUGCUCCUGGGUCUUUCCUACGGAGUACUCUGUAGGUACAACAGCACGUGAAAGAUGA